CCGGGGCGGGGAGUGGGCGGGGCGUCGGGGCCUGCCGGCCGGCGGGUGGGCGGGGCCUGCGGGGAAGGCGAAAGCGAAAGCGGCCCCGGGACUCCCCCCAGCCAGCCAGCCAGCCAGCCGUCCAGCCAGCCCCGCUCCGGCGUGUGCGACGGCGGCUGCGUCGCCAUGGAGGCUGCCCGCCGGGGGAGGGUCGCGAGGGGCCGCGGCAGAGGCCGUCAAGUGACAGACGCGUGGCAGGAAGGGCCACGCCGCGACCUGGAGGGGCCAUGGCGCCCCAGAAGAGAGGGGACCCCCCGCAAUAGGAGCCCCGUUUCUCAAGCAGCCCGUCCCCAUCUGGCGAUGAGAGAAGAGAGACCCGCCGGCUCAGGGAGGCUGAUCCUGCCCCAAGACGGGGCUGCCAGACCCAGGAGGCAGCGUCCCGCCCAGGCUCCAGAGGCCUCGCGGAGGGCGGUCCCGUUCCCCGGUGGGAGAAGCAGGGCUCUUCGCCCCGGCCAGGACCCUGCAUCAGGGGGCUCCCCACGCCAGCCACAGCGGAUGGAACUGACGUUCCUGGAAUCCCUCCUGCAGAAAGACCCUUCGGAAGUGGCCAUCACUCUGGCCUCCAGCCCCGGCCUGAAGGAGGCGCUCUCACAAGCCGCCAUGAGUCCCGUCUUCCUGCAAGCUCUCUGCCAGGCCCUCCGCAGGGCCUGCAGCUCCCGGCUGGACAGGGGCAGCAUCCAGCAACUGCUGGGCAGCGUGAAGGACUCCAACUUCCUCAAGAUCUGCCUGCCUCGCUACGUGGCGGAUAUGCUGACGGAGGCCACCCCAGCGGUGCGGCACCAGUACCCGGAACACAUCGACAACAUUGUGGUGCUGGUCCAGGAGAUGGCCAGCAUCUUCCCCGCCAGCUCCAUUCAGAACGUGUCCAUGCUGAUGUCUUCCUUGCCGGAGGCCGUGAACACCCUGAGGGCCUCUGGAGUAGACUUCGCGGAGGAGGCGGAGAAGCGCCUGGAGACGGUCCAGGCCUUCAUCCGGCACCUGCAGGAGAAGAGGCGGGACGGCACCUUGAAGGUGGACAGCCGCACCCUGGUGCACCCUCGAGCUCCUGGCGAGGGAGCUGCGUACCGCACCCUGCCCAUCUACCCCACCCACGGGGAGGUCCACGGGGACGAAAAGCCCUUCCUGCGCCCCAACAUCAUCUCUCAGAAGUACGAGAGCGCGGCCGUGUACCUGGACACCCAGUUCCGGCUGCUGCGAGAGGACUUUGUCCGGCCCCUGAGAGACGGCAUCUUGCAGCUCCUCCAGAGCUUUGAAGACGGAGGGCUCCGGAAGAAGAGGUUCGACGACAUCCGGGUGUACUUCGACACCCGCAUCCUCCACCCGGUCUGCUCGGUGACUGGCAUUGACUACGUGGUCCAGUUCGACACCAAGCCCCUGAAGCAGGUCCGGUGGGAGAACUCCAAGCGGCUGAUCUACGGCUCCCUCGUCUGCCUCUCCAAGGACAACUUUGAGACGUUCCUGUUCGCCUCGGUGUCCCACCGAGACAGCCGGGACCUGCAGAAGGGCCUCGUGCACCUGUGUUUCAACAAGCAUAGCCGGGCCCUGCUGGCCGAAGCCGGCCCCAAUGAUUCCUUCCUCAUGGUGGAGACGACGGCCUACUUCGAAGCCUGCCGGCACGUGCUCAAGGGCCUGCAGGAGCUCCAGGUGGAGGACAUCCCUUUUGAAGACCACAUCGUCAAAUGCGAGUCGAACGUCAGAGCGCCUGCUUACCUGGCGAGGAACAGCAUUUACGACCUCCGAGCUCUGGUGAAGGCUGACGGGGCAGAGAAGGGCCUAGGUGCCCUGGCCGCCGGGGGCAAAGUCAACAUCUUGGACCCUGGCCAGUGGCUUCCUCCGGACCACUUGGGCCUGGAUGCGUCCCAGAUGGCAGCCUUACAGCUGGCCCUCACCAAGGAGCUGGCCAUCAUCCAGGGGCCUCCUGGGACAGGCAAGACCUACGUGGGUCUGAAGAUAGUCCGGGCCUUACUGGAUAAUAGCACUCGGCGGGCAGCGGCUCCCAUCCUGGUGGUCUGCUACACCAACCACGCCCUGGACCAGUUCCUGGAAGGGAUCCACACAUUCCAGAAAGAAGGGAUUGUGCGCGUGGGCGGUCGCAGCAACAGCGAGAGCCUGCGGCCGUUCACCUUGCGGGAACUGCGGAACAAGUCUCGGAGCGACCUGCCACUCCACUUGCGCCGGGCCUAUCAUGAGGUCACCAGCCAGAUGAGGGAGCUGCAGCGGAGGCUGGAGGAAUCAACCGCCUCGCUCAAGUGCAGCUUCCAAGGAAUCCUUCAUGAGCGCCACCUCCACUUGUCAAAGCCGCACCGGGACAGCCUCAGGCGGGGCGGGGACCUGACCUGGCUGCCCUCAGGGGCCUCUCUGAUGGUGGAAUGGCUGGGCCUCGGCUUCGCCUCUUUCGCCGGCAGCGACUUGGAGGCCAACGGGGAAGAAAAUUCAGGCACUCCGGAGGAGGCGGAGGGAGCUCCGGAAGUGGAGCCGGACCUGCUCGCCAUCGCAGAGGAGGCGGACCUGAUCCAGGAGGAGCGCAUGCUGGACAGCGACGAGGCCGCCCCUCCCCACUUUCUGAAGCAGGAAGCGCCCAGACGUGCCCCAGCUUGGCUUGCUGACAUGCUCCUGGCCAUGACGUUGGAGGAGGGGGGGGAGGAGAAGACACAGGAACACGGGCCGCCCGGGGGGCUGGACAGCGCCGGCUGGGAGGUGCAGCGAGGCCAGAAGAAGAAGAUGAAGCAGAAGGUGAAGGCCGAACUGCACAAGCAGCAGGCCAUGACGGAGGCCCAGGCGGAGGCCAUCCUGGACGUGUGGCAGCUGGACCGGGCAUCGCGCUGGCAGCUCUACAGGCACUGGCUGCACAAGUACCAGGCUGAGAUCCGGGGAAGGAUCCUGUCCCACGAAGAGAAGUACCAGGAGGCGGCAGAGAGGCUGGCCGAGCUGCGGCUGCAGCAGGACCUGCGCAUCAUGCAGGGGGCCCACGUUGUUGGGAUGACGACCACAGGAGCUGCCAGGUACCGCCAAGGUCUGCAGCAGGUGGCCCCUCGCGUGGUGGUUGUGGAGGAGGCUGCAGAAGUCCUGGAGGCCCACACCCUGACCACCUUGAGCAAGGCCUGCCAGCACCUCAUCCUCAUUGGGGACCAUCAGCAGCUGCGCCCCAGCACCAACGUGUACGACCUGGCCAAGAACUUCAACCUGGAGGUGUCCCUCUUUGAGCGGCUGGUGAAGGUCGGAGUGCCGUUUGUCCGCCUCGAUUUUCAGCACCGCAUGCGGCCAGAGAUCGCCCAGCUCCUCACACCGCACAUCUACCAGGAGUUGGCGAACCACCCCUCGGUUCUCCAAUACGACAGCAUCAAGGGCGUUUCGUCCAACCUCUUCUUUGUGGAGCAUGACUUCCCGGAGCAGCAGAUCCAGGAGGGGCGGAGCCACCAGAACCCACACGAGGCCCACUUCGUGGUGGGGCUGUGCAAAUACCUGCUGUGCCAGGAUUACCUGCCCUCCCAGAUCACCAUCCUCACCACCUACACGGGCCAGCUGUUCUGCCUGCGCAAGCUCCUGCCAGCCAAGACCUUCCAGGGCGUCAAAGUCCACGUGGUGGACAAGUACCAGGGGGAAGAAAACGACAUCAUCCUCCUCUCCCUGGUGCGGAGCAACCCAGAAGGGCGGGUGGGCUUCCUGCAGAUCCCGAACCGUGUCUGCGUGGCCCUUUCCCGGGCCAAGAAGGGCCUCUACUGCAUCGGGAACAUGGGCAUGCUGAGCAAAGUCCCGCUCUGGAGCAAGAUCAUGCAGAUGCUGCGCCAAACGGGCCACAUCGGCCGCUCGCUCCUGCUCUGCUGCCAGAACCACCUGGACACCCGGACUGCCGUGGCCUGUGCUGCGGAUUUCAGUAAGGUUCCAGAGGGAGGCUGCAGUCGCCCCUGCGAGUAUCGGCUGGGCUGCGGCCACGUCUGCCCCCACGCCUGCCACCCUUACGACCCCCAGCACAAGGAGGUGCAGUGCGUGAAGGUUUGCCAGAAAGUGCUCUGCGCAGAAGGGCACCGCUGCUCCAAGCUGUGCUGCCAGCCGUGUGGGGAGUGCCUUGUCUUGCUGCCCAAAGCUGUGCCCAGGUGUGGCCACCUGCAGAAGGUGCCCUGCUCAACUCCAGCAGAGGAGUUCUGCUGCCAGGAGCCGUGCGUGAAAGCCCUCCGCUGCGGGCACAGCUGCAGGGCGACCUGUGGCCAGGAGUGCACCAGGCACUGCCGGGAAAUGGUCGCGGUCACCCUGCAGUGUGGGCACAGCCAGAAGGUGCAGUGUGGCACUGUUGCUGACGUGGAGAGCGGGAAGCCUGUGGCAUGCCGAGCUAAAUGCCUGAGCGUGCUGGAAUGCGGCCACGCGUGCCCGGGCUCUUGCCACUCCUGCUCCAAUGGCCGUUUUCACACACAAUGCAGAAAGCCCUGCGAACGCCUCCUGAUCUGCUCCCAUACGUGCCGAGAGCCGUGCACCAACGAGUGCCCCCCCUGCCAGCAGCCCUGCGAGAACCGCUGCGGCCACAGCUUCUGCCCCAAGAAAUGUGGGGAGCCGUGCCCCCCCUGCACAGAGCCCUGCGCCUGGCGCUGCCAGCACCACCUGGCGUACCUGCACCAAGCUGCUCAGGAGCCGUGCGACCCAGGCCCCGCUUUCGCGACGUGCACGUUUGUCCGGAAGCAGCUGCGUUCUGCGCGUCCAGCGCUGGGCGCAGGGAUGUGUGGGGAGCCGUGUCCGUCCAAGUGCCUCGUGUGCGACCACGAAGAACUCACCCAGAUCUUCUUCGGCUUUGAGGACGAGCCCGAGGCUCGCUUUGUGCAGUUGGAGGACUGCGGCCACGUCUUCGAGGUGGGGGGCCUGGACCACUACAUGGACGAGGGGGACGGUGCCGCUGCCAUCCGGCUGAAGGUGUGCCCCCUCUGCCAGACCCCCAUCCGGAAGAACCUGCGCUACGGCCCCAUGGUGAGGCGGAGCCUGCAGGAGAUCGAGCAGGUGAAGGAGCGGCUUUGGGGCUCCCCCACCGCGAUUGCUGCCGGCCGGGCCAGGCUGAGGGCUGCGCUGGAGGCGAACGCCGGGGCUCUGGAGCGGUUCCUGCCAGAGCAGCACGAGCAGCUGGUGGAGAAGCUGCAGCAGCCGGGUCUCUGCAGCCGCAGCCUGGCUUCCCUGGAGAACCAGAUCAACUUCUUCAUGCGGCUGGCUGAGCUGCACGACUCCGUGGCAGAGCUGGAUCCCAGCGAGCAGGAAGGCGCCCGGAGGCGGCUGGCGGAAGUGGCCCAGUGGCUGGAGUGGCCGCGCCUCGCUUUCAGCCCGCAGGAGCUGUCGGACCUGCAGGCCGAGUUCCAGCGCCUGGCCCUUCUCCUGGACCUGCUGGCCCACUGCAGGGCCGCCAAGGGAGAGAUGGGCGUGCCCACGGCACGGCUGGUCGGCAGGGUCCGGGGGGUCCUGGAGAAGGCGGGCAGCUUCACCCCGGAAGACGAGAGGCUGGUGAAGGAGAAGAUGGCAGCGGUGAAGGCUGCGCUGCCCAGGUCGGGCCUGGCCCUCUCCGAGGCCGAGCGGGUGCAGAUUGUCGCGGCCAUGGGCCUUCGCCAGGGGCACUGGUUCAAGUGCCGGAACGGGCACGUCUACGCGAUAGGCGAAUGCGGGGGAGCCACGGUGGAGAGUCGCUGCCCAGCAUGCCACGAAGUCAUUGGAGGGACUCAGCACAGGCUGGAUCCCAGCAACCAGCUGGCCCCCGAGAUGGACGGGGCCACCCACGCGGCGUGGUCCGAGGCGGCCAACCUCCUGCAGGCUGCGCUCUUGCGGGACGAGCUGCCCUAGGAAGACCCCAGUGUUGCCACCCCCACUCUCCUUUCCUGCUUGGGGGCCAAAGACUCUUAGUUCUCUCCUCACAUGUGGAUCCUACUGAAGGCGGACCUCCAUCCUGGCAGUGCUAGCUCUUUUCUGGGCAAGAGGGAACAGGUGUGUGGAGUGCUGUUCCUCUUGACGUGGGGGGGGGGGGCAGGGAACUCCCUCCCCACAGCCCUGCCUGGCCUGCUAGCCAGUAAGUGCGUCUCACAGAGCACAGCCCACACUCUGGGGUGUUGCCUCCCCCUGGGAAAUGCGGGCCUUGCGGCCUAGCCAAAUUGCAGCCAUCCGAGGUGAACCGUCCUUAUGGGACAGCCAUUGGCAGAGUGCUCGCUGAAGCUGAUACGCUGAACUAAAAGAUAAAUGUUUAGAGGGGGGCUGCAUUUCAGACAGCAAAGGGGGGGCGGGGCGGGUGAGGCAAGGAAGGAGCGGCCAACGUCCCAGGAGGAGGCAGUUAGACCUGACAGCAGCAGCCUGAGGCCAGAGAAGAGGUGACCCCAGGAGGCAGAGGGGCGGCUCCCCUUGCAGCCCUCCCCACCAGACCCACUGGCCUCCCCCUUGGGGGGGGGAGGGAGGGAGGGAGCACACUUCCAGCACCAACUGGGGGCUCCACAGCAGAAUUCACUCGGUCGGCUGCUGCAUCCACACUGGGAGACUUGAUGGCCUGCAUGAGACACCCCCCCCCCCCCCGCGCAGGUGCGCUGCAUCCUGGGCAACCCUGUCAAAUAGCACCGUGUUUGGGUACCUGUUCUGAGGGGAGGCAGACAGGCCAGCAACAACACAGAGGAGGUGUUGGGGGGGAGGGUCCCAGAGACAUCUGGGGCAGCGGCCCAUCUCAUCACAAGGUGUGACCAGCAGUCAGAACCAGACCCACACCAGGAGCGCCCCACGGCUCAAGAUCCAUCAUGGCCCAACUCUCCAACGCCUGGGGAGGAGACCACCACUCGGUGGGUUUAGCACCCUUGGCGGAGUCUCAGAAGAAGGGGGGUGUUCCACGGUGGGGGUUGUGGCCUCGUGGCCAUUCCCUUAUUGUGGUGGUAUAAAGUGCAGCCAAGUUGCAGCCACGGUCUCUGUCAGGGGCGUGCCCGGGGGACUGAAGGGCAUUCCUGCCACGCAACAUAUGCAAUAGCAAGCCUUUAUUAAAAAGCAUAUACAAUACAGGACAUACAUGUUAGGUCGAAGGAAAUCUACUGGCGUUUAGUAAUUUCCAGGAGAAAGUCUGCCACUAUCCUACAGAGAGA